GCAGCGCAGCCCCACCCUUCCUGCAGUGAGGCCCUCCUUAUCCCGGGCCCUCUUGUGGCGUCACCUAGAAGGUGGGGACCAAGAUUCAGUCCAGCGCGGUUGCCGGUGUUUGGAGGUGGACUCACGCUCACGCUCUUCUGCUACCGGUUUGUCUCUACCCGGGAGGACCUUGGUUGUCCACCCGUGGGUAGGCAGUGGAGUGCCAUGAAGCGGGCAGCGAUACGGCUUUGGACCUUGAACAAGGGGCUUCUUACUCAUGGCAGAGGACUGUCUCAAGGAUCCCAAUACAAAAUAAGUGAACCCUUACACAUCCAUCAAGUUCGAGACAAGCUGCGGGAGAUUGUAGGCGUAUCCACAGUCUGGAGAGACCAUGUAAAAGCAAUGGAGGAAAGGAAGUUACUUCAUAGUUUUUUGCCUAAAUCACAGAAAGUCCUACCACCGAGGAAAAUGAGGGAUAGUUACAUCGAAGUUCUCCUACCUUUGGGUACUGACCCUGAACUACGAGACAAAUAUGUGACUGUUCAAAAUACAGUAAGAUUUGGCAGGAUUCUUGAGGACCUUGACAGCCUAGGAGUUCUUGUUUGCUACAUGCACAACCGCAAUCAUUCUACCAAGAUGUCUCCUUUAUCAAUAGUUACAGUCCUGGUGGACAAGAUUGAUAUGUGUAAACACAGCUUAAGCCCUGAACAGGACAUUAAGUUCACUGGCCAUGUUAGCUGGGUUGGAAAUACAUCCAUGGAAGUGAAGAUGAAAAUGUUCCAACUGCACAAUGAUGAGAAAUAUUGGCCUGUUUUGGAUGCAACCUUUGUAAUGGUGGCUCGAGAUUCUGAAAAUAAGGGGCCGGCAUUUGUAAAUCCACUCAUUCCGGAAAAUAAAGACGAAGAAGAGCUCUUUAAACAAGGAGAAUUGAACAAGAGCCGAAGGAUUGCCUUUAGUACCAGUUCAUUGCUGAAAGUGGCUCCCAGUUCUGAGGAGAGGAAUAUCAUACAUGAACUGUUUCUUAGCACACUGGAUCCAAAGACUAUAAGUUUUCAGAGUCGAAUUUUGCCUCCUAAAGCAGUGUGGAUGGAGGAUACAAAACUCAAGAGCUUGGAUAUUUGUCACCCUCAGGAACGAAACGUAUUCAAUCGGAUCUUUGGUGGUUUUCUUAUGAGAAAAGCAUAUGAACUUGCAUGGGCUACUGCUUGUAGCUUUGGAGGUUCCCGGCCAUAUGUGGUAACAGUAGAUGAUAUCAUGUUUCAGAAACCUGUUGAAGUUGGUUCAUUGCUCUUUCUUUCUUCACAGGUAUGCUUCACCCAGGACCAUUACAUUCAAGUUAGAGUCCAUAGCGAAGUGUCCUCUCUUGACAGUCGUGAGCAUAUGACCACCAAUGUCUUUCAUUUUACAUUCAUGUCGGAAAAAGAAGUACCCUUGAUUUUCCCUAAAACAUAUGGAGAGUCCAUGUUGUAUUUAGAUGGACAGCGACAUUUCAAGUCUAUGAGCACCCCAGUGACCUUGAAAAAGGACUACCCUGUGGAGCCCUAGGAAAAUCUCACUUGUUGCAAACUAGCACUUCUGGCACUGUGACAUAGUGCCUAAUAAAGGUGUGCUGGGAAGUACUGAUGUUCACUUUGCUUUUCUUUAAAUCCUCCAUAGAGGGGGCUAUAUUUCAAGUUUUUAGAAUGAUCGGAAAAGCAGAAUGAGUGACUGGAUGGGGCUGAGGGGUGAAAGAAUGAUUAAACAAUAAAACCUUUUACAGUAAUA